AUGUACCGUCUGAACUUGCAUAAUCGUAAGUGGAUCCUUCUCCUGGCAAUACUGGCAGGCUUGAGAAUACUAAGCGAGGUCUUCUUCUCAAGCCAGUGGAUGCUGCACUUAGUCGAAAUUGAUGCUACUGAGGUUUCCUCAAGCCGAUGCAAACUUCGAUGGAUAAAUAUCCCUGAACCAACUCCUGAUGGUGUAUACGAUCUGAGUUUUCGCUACUGUGUCGACCUUAUCAUUCGAGUAACCAGACACACAACAUUUCCCCUUGAUCAGAUCAGCAACAAUGGCGGAGAGGGCAAUGUGAGGUUUGAGGAAAUGACCCAACUAAAUGAUGCCGACUGGAAGAGACCAAUUAAUCCGGGCGUCUACCUGCUAUACCCACAGGGCAUUGCCUUGCGGGAAGUCAUAACGAACUACAGGGAAACCGGCCUGGUUCCUGAGGUUAGUAAAUGCUUAUUGUCAAAACUCAUUGCGGCAUAA